AAUCGAUAGAUAACACUCAUACCGUUCACUUCGCGUAACUCGUGCGCCAGUAUUUUUUCCAGUAUUUCGUUGGCAAACCGAAUCGAAUCAAAAUGCGAGUGGCAAUCAUUGGAGCCGGGGCUGCUGGCCUCUCUUCGGCCAGACACGCCGCCGCCACUGGCCACAAGUGCGACAUCUUCGAGAUGGGCGCCCAACUGGGGGGCACUUGGGUGUACACCGACGACGUCGGCACCGACAAAUACGGAUUUCCGGUCUAUUCCGCCAUGUACAAAGGAUUAAGAACAAAUUUGCCAAAGGAGGUUAUGGGUUUCCCAGAUUUCCCAGUGCCAGAAGAAAAUGCAUCCUACUUGUCCCAAGCUGACGUAUUGAAAUUCCUUCUUCAAUACGCAGACCACUUUAAACUAGAAGAAAUGAUUAAGUUCAACACAAUCGUAACCAAAGUCUCCCCGUUGGGAGAAAACCAAUGGGAAGUUCGGGCUGUAGAUAAACCAACAAGGAAGGAAUUCGUUGGUGUCUACGAUGCCGUGAUGGUGUGCAAUGGCCACUACAACGACCCCAUCAUACCGAAACUAAAAGGCCAGGAAAACUUCAAGGGUAAAAUAGACCACAGUCACCACUUUAGAUCGCCCGAGCAGUUCAAAGACAAAAGAGUUUUGGUCAUUGGAGGUGGCCCAUCCGGACUGGACCUGACUCUCCACAUUUCCAGAGUUGCCGAGCACGUAGUGUUAAGCCACCAUUCACCCGAUCCAAUCAACGCCACCUAUCCAUCCAACGUGCAACUCAAACCCGACGUUGCCUUCAUCAAAAACCACGAAGAAGUCGAAUUUGUCGACGGAUGUUGCUGUGCCUUCGACGAAAUACUCUUCUGCACCGGCUACAGAUACAGUUUUCCCUUCUUGGACGAGUCCUGCGGGAUUACAGUGGACGACAACCACAUCCAACCCCUCUACAAACACAUGAUCCACAUCGAAAGACCCACCAUGAGCUUCAUUGGCAUCCCCUUCAACGUUUGCGCCUUCCAAAUGUUCGAUCUUCAAGCACGAUUCUUCUGCAAAUACAUUUCUGGAUCGAUGGCGCUUCCAAGCACGGAAGAGAUGCGCGAGCACACCGAACAAGACAUGCGAUCUCGUUGGGCUAAAGGUUACACCAAAAGGCAAGCUCAUAUGAUGGGGCCCGACCAGAAGUCAUACUACGAAGAUGUAGCUGCAGAUGCCAAUACCACCCCAAUCGCUCCUGUUAUCAUCAAGUUGAGAGACCAAAGCGUCAAGAGGUUGUACGCUGACAUCCUUAACUUCAGGGAGGACAUAUACGAGAUUUUAGACAAUAACAACUUUGUAAAAGUAAACUGAAUAUUUAACAAAUUUUCUAGCCAUGCUCAAACUGGCAACUCUUAGUUUAUAAGAAAUGUGUGUAUUAUAAUUUAUUUUUUGUAUUUACUACUUACGUACUCAUGUUUAUUAAGGUUUUAAUAAAUAUUAU